AAUUAAUGGAAUAGAAAGAGAAGAAGGGUAAAAAAUAGUAAGAUUCUACAGUGGAUAAAUUGAAAUGUAUUUCUGAGAUAGUUGCAGAAUUGAUAAAAUAAUAUGAUGGGAAUUAAAAGAUUAAUUUAGCAUAAAUAAAGGCAGAAUUUUCAAAAAAGAAUAAGAUAUCUGGAGCACCAAAGAUAGUAGAGAUUUUAUCAGCAAUUCCAGAUGAAUAUAAAGAGAAAUUGAUACCAAUAUUAAAAGCAAAGCCAGUAAGAACAGCAUCAGGUAUAGCAGUAGUGGCAGUGAUGGCAAAACCUCAUAGAUGUCCACACAUAGCAGUAACUGGAAAUAUAUGUAUUUAUUGUCCAGGAGUAAUAUAUUUAUUAAUACAUGAAAGGGACCAGAUAGUGAUUUUGAAUAUUCAACUUAAAGUUAUACAGGUUAUGAACCUACAAGUAUGAGAGCUAUUAGAGCAAGAUAUAAUCCAUAUAUAUAGGCAAGAGAUAGAAUAGCAUAAUUAAAAUAAUUAGGUCAUGAUUGUGAUAAAGUUGAAUAUAUUAUUAUGGGUGGAACAUUUAUGUCUUUGGAUUAAGAAUAUAGAGAUUAUUUUAUAAGAAAUUUACAUGAUGCUUUAAGUGGACAUCGCUCAUAAACUGUUAAAGAAUCAGUCUAAUUUUCAGAAGAGAGUAGAUCAAAAUGCAUUGGUAUCACAAUUGAAACUAGACCUGAUUUUUGUUAGAAAAGUCAUUUAAGUGAUAUGUUAUUAUAUGGAUGUACAAGAAUUGAAGUUGGUGUUUAAUCAAUUUAUGAAGAUAGUAUAAUAUUAUUAUUAUAAUAUAUUAGUUGCAAGAGAUACUAAUAGAGGUCAUACAGUCGAAUCUGUUAAAAAAUGUUUUGCUAUGAGUAAAGACAGUGGAUAUAAAGUUGUUACUCAUAUGAUGCCUGAUUUACCAAACAUGGGAGUAGAAAGAGAUUUAGAAAGUUUUAAAGAGUUUUUUGAAAAUCCAGAUUUUAGACCUGAUGGAUUAAAAGUAUUCUUAUAUUUAUUAUUAGAUUUAUCCUACUCUAGUUAUCAGAGGAACAGGACUCUAUGAAUUAUGGAAAAAUGGAUAAUAUAGAAAUUAUCCUCCUGAUUUUUUAGUUGAUGUUGUUGCUAAAAUACUUGCAUUAGUUCCACCAUGGACUAGAGUAUACAGAAUUUAAAGAGAUAUUCCUAUGCCUUUAGUUACUUCAGGAGUAGAUAAUGGAAAUUUGAGAGAAUUAUCUUUAUAAAGAAUGAAAGAUUUAAAUGUCGCUUGUAGAGAUGUUAGAACUAGAGAAGUAGGGAUUAAAGAAGUUCAUCAUAAGAUUAAACCAGAAUAAGUUGAAUUAAUUAGAAGAGAUUAUACAGCCAAUGAUGGAUGGGAAACAUUCUUAUCUUAUGAAGAUCCAUCAUAAGAUAUUUUGAUAGGAUUAUUGAGACUUAGAAAAUUAGAUAAACAUACAUUUAGAAAAGAAUUAAUUCAAGAACCUACUUCCAUGGUUAGAGAAUUACAUGUCUAUGGUUCUGUUGUACCUAUUCAUUCCAGAGAUCCUUCAAAAUUUCAACAUUAAGGCUAUGGAACACUUCUUAUGGAAGAAGCUGAAAAAAUUGCUAGAGAAGAACAUGGAAGCACUAAAAUGGCAGUCAUUGCUGGAAUCGGAACCAGACAUUAUUAUCGAAAACUAGGAUAUCAUACUGAAGGAGUUUAUAUGGUUAAAUAAUUAGUAUGAAAAAUAUUUAUGAAAUUUAC